AUUUUUUGCAACUGGAAAAAAAUUGAUAAUUUUUUUUGAAAAAUAAAAAUAAAAUAUAAAACACUUUUUCAAUUGCUCCAAUUCAUUCAGGUUAAUUGUUGCUCACCGGUGAACAACCGAAACCGUAAAAAACAAUGCUAAUUAUUGUCUGAGCAAAGCAACAAAAAAUGUAAUCGUCAUUCGGUUUUUCCUACUGUCGUUGAUUGAUCACGUAUAUUUCGAAGAUCAAACAUCAAUCAAUGCAGCAAAACAAAAUGUCGAAAGCAACUAUAAAACAAAAAAUUACACCUACAUCGGGUACCGGUGGUUCGGGUUCGGGUGGUUUAUCAUCAUCAGCAUCACUAACAAAUUUUAAAAGUUCCCAAAAUUAUCUUUGGAACACGAAUGCCGUAUUGGGUAAAGGUGCAACCGGUGCUGUUUAUUUUGGUCAUAAUAAACAUAACGGUGAAACAGUUGCUGUAAAAUGUUUUAAUCAUUUGAGUCAUAUGCGUCCAUAUGAAGUACAAAAACGUGAAUUUGAAGUUUUAAAAAAAGUGAAUCAUGAAAAUAUUGUUAAAUUAUUGGCUAUUGAAGAAGAAAAUGAUACAAAACAAAAAGUUUUAGUCAUGGAAUUAUGCACUGGUGGCUCACUAUUCAAUAUUCUGGAUGAUCCAAUGAAUAGCAAUGGUUUGGAUGAAAAAGAAUUUCUUCAAGUUUUAAAACAUUUAGCAGCUGGUAUGAAACAUUUACGUGAUAUGAAUAUUAUACAUCGUGAUCUAAAACCGGGUAAUAUCAUGAAAUUUGUUUCGGAAGAUGGUACUUCGAUUUAUAAAUUGACGGAUUUUGGUGCCGCUAGAGAAUUGGAUGAUGAUCAACAAUUCAUGUCUUUAUAUGGAACCGAAGAAUAUUUGCAUCCGGAUAUGUAUGAAAGAGCUGUACUUCGGAAACCCGUUGGCAAAUCAUUCAAAGCUAAUGUUGAUCUUUGGAGUAUUGGUGUUACGUUAUAUCAUAUUGCAACCGGUAGUCUACCAUUUCGUCCCUAUGGUGGUAGAAAAAAUAAAGAAACAAUGUAUCGUAUAACGACGGAAAAAGCGUCGGGAAUUAUUUCAGGUACACAAUCAUCAGAAAAUGGUGAAAUAAAAUGGAGUAGAAAUCUUCCGGAUUCAUGUUUGCUAAGUCAAUCAGUUCAACCAUUAGUUACCGAAUUAUUAGCCGGUUUAUUAGAAUGUGAUGCAUAUCGCAUGUGGUCAUUUGAAAAAUUUUUCACCAGUGUUACCAAAAUUCUGGAACAUAAAAUAAUUUACAUUUAUUAUGUUGGAUCAUUAUCAUUACAUUCUAUUUAUUGCCAUCCUAGCGAGUCAGUUUUGGAACUCAAAUCACGUUUUGAUUCCCUCUAUAAACUGUCGCCAAAUGAUCAAAUAUUAGUUUGGCCAAACGAUAAUCUCAAUCAUCAUCAUCAUUUGAUUGAUUCAAAAAAUGAUCAACAAUUUUUGCAAAUUAAUCAACAAAUGUCGACCAUAAUUGAUGAAAUUGAAAAUGUUUCAAAUCAAUCAGCUAAAUCGAAAUUAAUUCCAUUAUUGCAAUCAAAUCAACGACGAUCAUCCGCAUCAUCCACUAUAUCGACAAUAAUUGCCAUUUUAUCCGAUAAUUUUCCCAUCUCGGAUAUUCAUACAACUGAACAUUCCCCACUAUUUCUACUUAAUGGCCAGAUGAAUUCAAAGAUACGUUGCACGACUGGUCCAAUUCCUCCAAGUAAAUUUCCCGAUAUUAUUGAUACAAAUGUUAAUACGGAUUUGGAUGCACAAUUAGCAAAGCUUUGUUCAUCAUUAGCAUAUUCAUCAUUACGACAAAUAGACAAAUUUAUUCAUAAUUAUAAAUUAGCCUGCCAAAUACCAUGUCAUAUGUUACGUUUAAUUGAUCGUAAUAUCAAAAUAUUGGAUGAAAAAUACAGUUGUUUUAAUUUUCAUCUAAACUUAUUGGAAGAACGUUUAAAUAAUCUUCAAAAAUAUAAUAAUCAUCUAUCCAGAUUGAUAAAAUUAUUAAUCGAUUCCAUUAUUAAACCAAAUUCAGUAAUAACAUUAUAUAAUUUUAAUGAGAUCGAUACCAUUAGACAACGAUUGGAUCAAAUUCAACAAAAUUUCAAAAGUCUUUCAUCAUCAUCGAUAAUGGAUGAAAAAUUCGAACAAUUACGUGAUCUAUGGCCCACAUCAAAAGAAUUGGAAAAUAUUCGUCAUCUAUUAUUGAUACAAUCAAAAGCGAAAAUUUUUACAGCAAAAAUUCGCGAAUGUUGGCUAAUGCUGCAUAAAGAUAAGCAAAUAAAAUCGCUAAAUCAUCAUGAAGAACAAUUACAUCAGCUAGAAAAAUUAAAAUUGGAUAGUUAUUGUAAAAAAUUGAAUAAUCUUCUGGCUAAUGAAAUUAAUCCAUGCGGAAAUAUUGCCGAUAAAUUAGAAGAAUGGUAUCAAGGUGCCCAAGUUGCAUAUGUUAAACCACAAUUAAUUAUCACUGAACUUUAUGGAUUUUUGCAAUCAAUCACUGAAAUCGAAUCAAAUAUUUCUCAUGCAUAUGAUGAUUAUAAUAAACUGUGGAAUCAACUUUUCAAAGAGGUUAAAAUUUUCGAAACAGAAUGGUCAGCAGCUGCAUUAGGCGGUUCAUUAGAAUCAUCAUCGACAACGACAACCAAUCAAAUUUUACCAUCAUCAUCAUCAUCCAAUCUAAAUCAUCUUCAUCAUCACAAUAAUACAUUUGAAGCAUCGGCCAUUUUCAAAGAAUUAAAUAGCCUACAUGAAGAUUCACAAAAGCUUAAAGAAGCAUAUAAAGAUUUUGUUAUGAUAUUUUCCGAUGUUCAAUCGAUCAACAAUUGAUGGCGCUACCGGUUUCAUAGAAUUUUUCUCGGAUCUCUUGUAGAAUAGGAACCCCAAUGCUGUUUUGGGUUCUUAUUCUACAAGAGGUUCAUUUU